CAAAAGUAUCCAAGUUCACCUGGUGGCCGUUAUGGGCUCUGUGCCGAAAGCCAAUUAGGUUAGAAAUGUUUUAUCUUUUUCUGGCUGUUCAGUGCGGGAGAUCAAAGAGAAAGUCGGAACAUUUCAGUAACAAGCUGGGACUGAGGGUCGAGCUGUUAAAAUCGGGACUGUUCCGCUCAAAACGGGACAGUUGGGAGGUAUGCACACCCUUAAAUAGCUGCGUGUCUUUUUUCCACCUCAGCUACUAGGUUACCCUGCUGCAGCGCAACAAGGAAAUGUAUUAGGAAAUGUGUUCAGUAUAGUAUCAGGAAGUUUUCCUGUAGCAGUGAAUAGCCUUAAAAUGAUCAUUGUAGUCUACUUACAGCAUGGGCCAGAAUGAGCCACACUCCCCAGGCAGGAGCACUUUGUAUAGAGCUUCCCCUCCCUCCCUUGCUGCCAGCCUCCUAACCCUCCUUAUCUGGCAGCAGAAAUCCCCAGUAAACACUGUCUCCCUGCUGUGAUCAGGUUUCUGGUGCCCCCAGGGCUACACAUUCCAUACAAGGCAAGACGGAGCUUUAACUUGGAUUGUCCUGCCUGGGUGCUGCUGACCACUCCCUUCCCAGGAGAGGAGGCAGCUGUGCUGGGAGCACCUCUCUGCACUGGAAUUGGACACUUUGCCUGCACUAAGGGACUGAGCUCUGGUGGAACAUGAUGAGGAAGGAUGCUGGCAAAGCAGAGGCUAUAUCAUAACAAAGGAAAAUAUUGCAAGAGCAGGUGAUCUUGUCUGUACAGAUGUGCUCUAAGCAACGAAGUAUGUAAAGGUUAUUUUGGAUAUAUCAUGAGGAUUAAAGAAGCCUAAUUAUUUUGUGCCAACUGUAUUAAGCCCCAAGUAGAAGACAAGAGUACACAUUGCAACGUGAUAUAAAGCCAAAGAAUGUAAGCAUCCCAACAAGGUUAAAAUGAUAACCCAAGAAAUUUCUCAUCUGCUCUGAAGCUCAGAAAAUCCUUCCAUUGUUGUCUUACUCAGCCUUGGGCACUCGGUGAGUCAAGAAGUAGCAAAUAGGAGCUGCUCAGUUUCUUUGAUCGGACAAAACUAUAUUGGUUGUUUUAUGUGAUAAACUGCUUAGCAAUGUCAUCCAGGAAUAAAUAAUAACAUCCAGGAAUCAAGGCUAAGUAAAAUGUAAUUACCUUUCUGUUGGACAAGGUCAACCAAGGGUACCGCUAAGCAUGCAUUGCACUCGUUUAUGGUGCCGGGUUCUCCAUCACCGAAAGAUCACUUGGAUUCCACCAGUGUUGUGUUUAGUGGUCUUCUUGAUCUAUCUAUCCUCCUACAUGGAAUAUUCCAGCCCUGUUGAGAAAGUUGAGACAAUUAACAGCCAGGGGUGCAUAUGUGGCCUCUGUAGGCAAGAGAAUCGGAAGAGGACUGAAUUUUUUGAAACUCGUUUUAAUGGCACAAUAGAGCCCUUACUUCUGGGAAAGGACCAAGACAUGUCUGAUCAUGUAAAGGAAUGGUGGCUGAGGCUCCAAGGGAGAAACAAUGGCAGUGACAUUCAGAAGGUGCUGGAGCAGAUGUUCAAGGUUGUUUCUACAGAAAACCUUUACCUUGAACAGGACAACCGACCUUGCAGACGAUGUGCUGUUGUUGGGAAUUCUGGCAACCUGAAAGGAUCCCGAUACGGGAAAAAGAUAGAUUCCCACGGAUUAAUUUUCAGAAUGAAUGGGGCACGUACCUAUGGCUUUGAAAAUGAUGUGGGUUCGAGAACAACCCAUCACUUUAUGUACCCAGAGAGUGCUGUCAACCUCCAGCCUGGUGUCCAUUUGGUGCUGAUCCCGUUCAAGCUCCAGGACCUCAAAUGGAUCACCAGUGCACUGACAACUGGAGAGGUCACCUACACUUACACAAGAGUGAAGAAAUUUAUCCAGGCUGAUAAAGAUAAGGUCUUGAUAUUUAACCCCUCCUUUUUUAAAUACGUCCAUGACAACUGGACAAACCAUCAUGGGAAAUAUCCAUCUACUGGAAUGUUGGCCCUGGUCUUUGCUUUGCAUAUCUGUGAUGAGAUAUCUGUGUUCGGCUUUGGAGCUGAUCAACAUGGCAAUUGGCACCACUACUGGGAGAGGAACAGAUUUGCGGGAGCAUUUCGCUGGACAGGAGUUCACAAUGCAGACUUUGAGUCUGAGCUCAUAACAAAACUAGCGGAAGAAGGAAGGCUAAAAUUUUACAAAUGAACCUAAAUGUUCCCACAAACAAAAAACAGAAAGAUUGUAAUAUUUUGGUAUUUUUUUGUACUUUGCUAAUAAAUACAGAAAUGUG